AUGGUGGUGUCAGAGAGCCGCGUGCCCUGCCUCGUUGCUUGCCAUGUCUGCUCUCGGGAGUUCGGAGCCGCCUCCAUCGACGUGCACCUGGAGCAAUGUAUCAAAAAAUGGGAGGAUGCGCAGCAACUGAAGCCAAGACCGCAUCGGGAAUCUGUGCCAGAAUGCCCCAACCUCGCGCCGGAUAUGACACAAGCAGAUUUCAACCGGGUCGUGAGAGCUCGAUUUCGGAGGCGAUGUGCUCACUGUGGCAAGGAUAUGCAUGUUGACCAGCUGCAAGCUCAUCUACGGAGCUGUCCUAGAGCAGAUAUUCCGGAAGCUCCACACGUGCAGAUUAUUUGCCAGAGUUGUGGGCGUGCUUUUCCCGAUGAUCACAGCUUGCAGCAGCAUUUGGAAGUCUGUGGCUUGGAGGUUCCCGGAGAGGAGAUCCAAGUCGUCCCGAUUCCAAUGCCGUUCCAUCUGACCUGCCACCUAUGCGGAUGCAACUUUGGAAGUAAGUCCUUUGAAAUCCAUGUCCAAUACUGUCAGCAGAAGUGGCAGAUGCAGGAGCAGCAGAAAGAAGCCGAUCAGCGGCGUCCCCUUCCGAGCCCACCUGCCUGGACACCGAACAUGACCCAGGAGCAGUACAAUGAAGCCGCGCGGGACAUCUUUAUCAAGGAGGCACAACUUCGCGGACUCCAAGACCUCAACGCUGCUCCCUUGCCCACAAGCGCCUGUCGCAGAAGGAAGCCCAAGCCGGUGACCUGCGAAACUUGUGGACGCGAGUUUACCGAAGCAUCGAUUACCCUGCACCGUCGUAAGUGCGCAAAGCUACAGCAAGAGCGGAAGAGACACCGCCACGACGAACGGGGAAUUGACUCUGAAAGCCCAGACAGAUCUGAGCGAGCAAAAAGCUGCGAUGCAGCCGGGCAAGCUGAAGCUUGGGUUGUACGCAGCCACAGUGCUCAUGCAGUGCAACGUCAAAGACCCCAGACGCCGAAGACUGUGCCCUGCCAAUUCUGUGGGAAAAACUUUUUGUACACAUCCAUAAAGGUCCACCAGAACCAGUGCGGACAGCGUCAGAGGAUAUUCCAUGCUCCACAGAAGCGCGAGAACUCCCAGAAAUUGAAGGCUGCACUCAGAAGUCGAGAUUCUACGCCUCGAGGCAAGACGCCAUCUCCAGAUCCCAUCCCGGCUCCGGGACUGAAGCGGUUUGCGAAGUUUGUGACCUGCAAUGUGUGCGGACAGCUCUUUGGCACGAAAUCUAUCCACUGCCACGUCCCUCGGUGUCAGAAGCUCCGAGAAGCUCGCGAGGCACAGAAACCAAUCUGGGAUCGCCAGCUACAAGCCGUGCCUCGCUGCGCAAAAGCGAACGUCGCCGAAGAGAUGCCGACCAGAUCCAUCCGUCAAGCUCCCAAGGUACAGACUGCCGCCUCAAUGUCCAUUCACCCACUGGCAGUUGUUUGCCACCUUUGUGGUAGACAUUUCAGCCGCGCUUCGAUUGCCAUUCACUUGCCACGUUGCCGGAAGAUCUGGGAAGAGCGUGAGCAUGCAAAGCCGCCAAAGGAGCGGCGAAAAGUUCCACCAGCUCCCGAAGCUGACCUUGGCAGCGAGGAAUACAACCAACGCGCCAGAGUAAUCUACAAGGAAGAGAGUGCCGAAGCUUGCCCGAGGUGCGGUCGGAGACUCGCAGACGACAAGCAGUUCAGUUUGCAUCUGGCCAGCUGCAAGAUCAACAGUGUGGCAAUGCCGGAAGAAAAGGAGCAGGACCAGUUGCCGAGAGGAUGCUUGGUCUUGGUCACUUGCCACCUUUGCGGCAAAGACUUCGGCACCGCCAGCAUUGACAUUCAUCGACAGCAAUGUACCCGAAAGUGGUCGCAGAGAGAGGCGAAAAGGCCAACUGAUGAGAGGCGUCCGCUUCCGCAUCCUCCCGAAAGCAGCAUCGGGAUGUCGCAGGACGAUUACAAUCGAGCAGCCCUGAAGAUCUUCCAGGCGUGCCACAUGCUCAGCUGCAAGUUCUGCAGCCGGAGCUUUUGGGACGAGGAGAAGUUUGAGCAACACCUCCGAAUCUGCGAAGAUCUUGCUACCGACGGUGCCCGGGCCCGGGCCCAGCACACGAAGAGUCCUGGCCGGGGCUCCCGGAGCCCUUCUCCUACAGGUAACACCUCACCGACCUCACCAUCACCGAAGCACAUCCCAAUCCCAAGCCUUCUUUGCCAUAUUUGCGGGAAACAGUUCGGAACGGCGUCACUGGAGAUCCACAUGCGGCAGUGUGCCAAAAAAUGGGAGCAGAGACAGGCCACAAAGCCAGCAGAGUUGAGACGUGCCCUACCUCACCGACCAGAGAGGAUGCCUGACAUGACGCAGGAGACCUACGACUCUCUGAUCAAGGACAUGGCGAAGACCGAGGGCAUGGCAGCUGAAGCAGACGAGGAGACCAGAAAUGUGGUUCCACCAUUGCGGGCGACCAGUUUCACUUACAUAUCUGCCAUCAAACAGAGGUUGCCACUUCUUAAUCUGCUUGAUGAUGGUGCCGCAGUUCGAAUGGUCGGCGAGUCAGCCCUGCCUCUUCCACUUGCUUACGGAGCGACAAUGCAACACUAUGCACCCGGUGCCGAGGAGUCUGUGCAGGCAGCGGGCAGAGGGCCUGAGAAAGGAAGUGCCGAUUUGGUGACACAGGUGCAGGUGAAGAUCGGUGUCUUGCAGCCGGGCCAAGCCAUCACAUUUGGCAGCGUUCUGAAUUGGCUGCUGCAGGAAAUCCCAGCACCAGAUGUCACCGCUCUGGCCGCAACUGGAGGCCUGAACGGCUUGAGCAAAGUUGGAGAUCGAAGUGGCGAUCCUCCGCCAGAGGCUUCGGUUUCCCGGCUGGCAUGGUCCGCCGCAGAUGAAUGGCGCAGACUUGCUGAAGUUCGCAGUGAGUUGGAAAGGUGCCGGGAUCAGCUUGCAGAGCAUCAGGCGGUCCUCUUGCACGUGGGUGACGCAAUCCACACCGAGGUAGAUCGCUUGCAGGAGUGGGAGAGGAACGUCAAGGUGAGGGAAGACGAGCUAGGCGAUGUUGAGAAGCAACUGGAAGGUAUGCGAUCGGAAAUUCAAAAGCAAUAUCUGACGCAGAAGCGGCUUCUGGAGACUAUGUCUGCAAAGGAUGAAGCUCCUGCAAGUCCUCGACAGCUGGCUGCCGCAUCCACGACGCCGCGAAAUUCGGGUCGUACGGGUCCCUCUGCGCUUUCUCCUGGCAGAGAGCUCCAGGUUGGCGAUCGUGGUGGAUUCAAAGACCGAGUCGACUCGUCUCCCGCGCCUGCAUUACCUUGGGAGACUCGUUCACAGGCGAGUGCAGCGGGACAGCGACAGCCCUUGCAGGCAAGUGCAGAGGAGGAGCUGAUUUCUCUGCAACGGGGCAUAGAGCAGAAGAAGCGUCAACUCCGAGUUCUGGAAGAGGAGGCCGGCAAUGUGGCAAGGCCGCAUUUUGCAGCGGCCAGCGGAACACCGCGAGCUGUGAGGGGCGAGGCUUCCCCGCAGGAGAGGCUACAUCCGAUGCUGGAGGGUCGCCUCUUGUCUGGGCUAGCGCCGCCACCAGCCCCGCCACCGUUGGAUGCUGCACCUCCUCCAGUCUUCGGCGACGAUUCGGGUCGUGCAAGAAUAAGAGCACCGGCGCAUCCUGCACAAUGCGGAGGAAUGUUGGACCGCGGUUUUCCCACAAGAAGCACUGCAGAGGCUGCCGUGGGUGCGGAUCCGCUGCCAGAGCUCCCUGUCUUCAGCUCUCCUGACACGGGACUUGGCGUCGGCCUUCUUCGAGCGCCUCCGCCUCCACCUGCACCGCCUCCAAGCAUCGCUUUGGGAGGCAGCCACUCCAACGGACCUUCCGCAUCCCCGAAAGGAGCAGAUCGAGCGCGCGGCUCGAUGCCGGCAGAAUUCAAGAAGGAGGCUUCUCCGGUUGGAGCGGCUGGCAUGGCGACUACCGAGGAACUCGGUCAGGCCAUGAAGCAGCUGUUCCAUGCCUUUGCCAGUCGAGCCGUCCGUCCGGCACGUUUCGGGGUUGUAUCACUGGAUCCUCCUGCGCUCAUAGGGCUCAUGCUACAGCCGUAUUGCUCUGAGGCGGGGUCCGUGGCCAAGCCUGGAGGCGGACGUGCCGGGCGUGUCGCGCUGGGCCUCCAGGUGGCCCUUGCAGUUCGUCCGCAUGCUGUACUCAGCCGUGGCUACUGUCUGGGCCUUCUUCAGGCUCGCAGCAGCUACUGUAGUUUGGGUCCAACUGAAGCGGCUAACCAACUGCCUCCACGCACAGCCACACAUGUUUUCAAGGCGUGGACGGUUGACUUCUUGAAUAUGUAG